CCAUUAGAAAUGAACCCGAAUACAUUUUUAUCCGUUCCGAAGUGCAAAAAGAAUUUUAUAAAUGGCUAGAUAGCACCGGAAUUACAGCGGAAAAUAAGGGAGGUGGUGGAAAAUUCGAGCAAGAAACUAGGGAAUAUACCAAAAAACUAGAAAAUUCCUACCAGCAUGAUGACUUUUCUGAUAUCUUUCGCCAAACUCAGAAAGAAAAUUUUCAUUUUUAUGCAGACAAUUACUACCAGCAAAGAGUUUCGGAGGAACCAGAGGAAAAUCCCGAGGAAAUAACUGAGGAAAUUAAGGCUUACCGAGCAACCGCCGAAACUGAGUUAAAGGAAUUGAUGAAAGAAAAAUGA